GGAAGCGCAGAGUGGGAGUCGGCGCACCUCAGUCCCGCGCAGGCCUGGGUCUUUCGCCGCUCACUGGCACCGAAGUUUAAGGGCCCGGCCCACUGCCGCGGCGCAAGUGAGCAGCCUCAGGAAGCCUCGCCGGCUCGGGUCAGAGACGACCACCCCUGGUCUCUGACCCGAGGAGAAACCGAUGUCAGCGACAGGGGCUGUUUCAAAGCCAGUUACAGAGGCUGGAAACCUCCAGGAAGAGGACUCUCCAAGAACAGGGGCAUAAGCACAGCCCCAGUGAAGAGUUGACAUUAUGAGGCCGAGUUUGGCUUCUGAUUUCCCACUGGAGUACUUGGAGCAUUUGGUCCCUGCGGCGCUGGAUGCCAUGAGUUGCUAAAAGUGAGCCUGGCUUUUCAGCUGUCUUGGGGGCACAGUGUCGGGGGCACAGAGCCAUGUCUGACCUGCUUCUCCUAGGCCUGAUUGUGGGCCUGACUCUGCUGCUGCUGCUGACACUGCUGGCCUUUGCUGGGUACUCAGGGCUGCUGUCUGGGGUGGUGGUGAGUGCCGGCUCACCCCCCAUCCGCAAUGUCACUGUGGCCUACAAGUUCCACGUGGGGCCCUACAGCGAGACUGGGAGGCUUUUCACCGAGAGCUGCAGUGUCUCCCCCAAGCUCCGCUCCAUCGCCGUCUACUACGACAACCCCCACAUGGUACCCCCUGAGAAGUGCCGCUGUGCAGUGGGCAGCAUUCUGAGUGAAGGUGAGGAGUCACCCUCCUCUGAGCUCAUCCAGCUCUACCAGAAAUUUGGCUUCAAGGUGUUCUCCUUCCCGGCACCCAGCCAUGUGGUGACGGCCACCUUCCCCUAUACCUCCACCCUGUCCAUCUGGCUGGCUACCCGCCGUGUCCAUCCUGCCCUGGAUGCCUACAUCAAGGGGCGGAAGCUGUGUGCCCACCCUCGGCUAGAGAUCUACCAGCAAGACCAGAUCUAUUUCAUGUGCCCGCUGGCACGGCAGGGAGACUUCUACGUGCCUGAGGUGAAGGAGACAGAGCGGAAAAGCCGAGGGCCCGCAGAGGCCACUGACGCCCAGAUGGAUGGCACAGGAGCUGAUACGAUGAGUGACACGAGUUCUGUAAGCCUGGAGGUUGGUCCUGGCAGCCGGGAGACUUCAGCUGCCACACCGUCCCCUGGGGUGAGCAGCCGUGGCUGGGACGAUGGUGACACCCGCAGUGAGCACAGCUAUAGCGAGUCGGGCGCCAGUGGCUCAUCCUUUGAGGAGCUGGACCUGGAAGGCGAGGGACCCCUGGGAGAGCCAAGGCUGAGCCCUGAGGCUGAACCCCUAGGGGCUGCCAAGUGGCCCCGGGAACCUAGUACCCCCGAGAAGGGUGAGGAGUAACCCUAGGCUCAUACCCUCCUGGGGUACAAUCGCUAAGGAACUGAGCAGACUCUUCAGCCCUCUUCCUCCUUCACCUCUCAGGCCCAGGCUGGGGCCUGGGGCCUCAGGGGGACCUGAUUUCCACUACCCUGGGCUCUAGCUAAGCCUUCUUACCAUACUUUUGGCUCCCAGGGCCAAAGGAGCCAGGGACUGUAAUCUGCACCCAGACCCCGGGGCUACUGCCCCUCUGACAUCUUUUUUCAGAUUCACAUUGGAGCUUCCAGAACCAGAAUAAAUCAUAUAAUUUUCUUGUUUCACCUGG